AUGUCGGCAACCACUACGACAGAGCUCGAAGCCACGAGUUUACAGGCUACGCCAAGUCAACAUGGCAGGAAUUCGCAACAUGAGCAUCGAGCAGAGCUCACAUCCAUGGAGUCGAGGGUCGAGACAAAAGGCACGACAGCAGUCAUCAUCUCAGCCAUCGGUGGAGUAACACUGAUCAGUUCUAUGCUCGCUGGUCUGGUUACUAUAGGUCUACCUGUUAUAGCAAGAGACCUGAAAAUUUCCGAUACACUUCUGAUCUGGCCUGUUUCCAUCUACUCUCUUACGUGUGGCUGCACACUCAUUCUAGCAGGAGCAGUGGCGGAUGUGGUUGGCUCUCGCGUAAUGUACUUACUGGGCACUUUCCUUCAGAGUAUCUUCACGAUGGCUUGUGGUCUGUCCCGUACGAGUCUCCAGCUCAUCAUCUUUCGUGGAUUUGCUGGUGUUGCAAUAUCGUUUUGCUUGCCGUCAGCUGUUAGUCUGAUCAUGCAUUACUUUUCUUCGGGAAGAAGAAGGAAUUUAGCUUUCGCUGUCAUGGGCGGAGGUCAGCCGAUAGGCUUCACGCUGGGUUUAGUGAUGGGUGGUGGCUUGACCGACUCCCUCGGAUGGCAGGUAGGGUUCUACUUGGGUGCUGGAAUCAACACAGUUUUGUUUCUGCUUGCACUUUUCAGCCUGCCACAAAUCAAGCGCCAGCAGUCACUUACUUUGCAACGGCUUAAGACCGAUAUCGACUGGAUCGGUGCCUUUGUCUUGAGCACGUCUUUGGCAUUGUUGCUGUAUGUCUUCGCUACCUGGACAGCUGACAUUGCGAACAUCAGUUCUCCAGAAAGCAUAUCCUGCUUGGCGCUUGGUGCAGCGCUUCUGCCUGCCUUUGCUACCUGGAUACAUCGGCAAGAAAAGCUAGGUAAGGCGGUUCUCAUCCGCAAUUCAAUUUGGCGCAAUAAGGCUUUUACCAGCAUUUGUGUAAAUGUGUUCUUGACCUGGGGCGCAUUCAAUGCGACAGAAGUAUUUCUCACUUUCUUCUUCCAAGAUGUGCAAGGGUUAAGCGCCACGGCAGCGUCUAUACGUUUCCUGCCAGAACCGGUGGCAGGGGCUGUGACGAACAUCUUAAUUGGGCUGUACGUGCACCGCCUAAGGGCGGAUUGGGCGUUGAUGACCAGUUUUAUGCUCUCAGCAUUAUCACCAUUAUUGCUGGCUGUUAUGAAGCAGGGCUCGUCAUACUGGGAAUAUGUCUUCCCUGCCGUGGCGCUUGUGCCUAUCAGCUCCGAUGUACUGUGGACGAUAUCUCAGCUCGUGAUCACUGCAGAGUUCGAGGAAAAUACCCAAGCUCUUGCUGGAGGCGUCUUCAAUACCGUCGCUCAGAUCGGCAAGAGUAUCGGCCUUGCGCUGGCAGCUAUAAAUGCGAGUAGCACCACCAUAAAGGUAAGUGUACCAGGAUCCUCACACGACGAUCAAUUGCUCGAAGGAUAUCGCGCUGCUUGGUGGUUCACGUUCGCAGCAACCAUGAGUUGCAUUUGCGUCACCAUUUUAGGACUUCGUAACAUUGGCAAGGUCGGAGUGAAAAGAGAUUAG